AUGGCUGACUCUACCAUCGACAACUCCAUCAGCAGAAAGGCCAAGGACAUCGCUGCAGGGUUCAUUGGCGGUGCCACCCAAGUUUUGAUUGGUCAGCCUGCAGACUUGGUCAAAGUCAGAUUGCAGACAUCAAGUGAAACGUCGUCUUUGUCGAUCAUCAAACACGUUAUCAAGAAUGAAGGGUUGUUUGCAUUCUACAAGGGGACUUUGGCACCGUUGUUUGGUGUUGGUGUGUGUGUUUCUUUGCAAUUCUACGGGUUUCACGAGACCAAGAGACAGAUCUUGAAGAGCACUGGAGGCUCCGAACUCAAUCUCUGGCCCCAGACAUACAUCGCUGGGGCAGUCGCAGGUAUUGUCAACAGUCCUGUGACAGCACCAGUGGAACAACUCCGUAUUUUAAGCCAGUCGAACACCUCGUCCUCUGCCAGCUCCUUGACUGACACCGUGAAAAAAAUCUACCGCGAGCACGGAUUGACCCGAGGCAUCUACCGUGGGUUCAACAUUACCGUGUUGCGUGAGUUACAGGCGUACGGGGUGUGGUUUUUGACCUACGAGGCGUUGAUCCAACAGAUCAUCGACUUGCAGCAUUACCACUCGAGAAACGACAUUUCCACACCCGAAUUACUCGCUAGCGGGGCGUUAGCCGGAAACGCGUUGUGGCUCUCGUCGUACCCCAUUGAUGUGAUCAAGUCCAACAUUCAAAGUGAACCGUUUGGACCUGGGGCCACUAUCAAAGGUAGCAUCAGAAAGGCCACCAAACACAUCUACCAGGCCCACGGCUUGAGGGGGUUCUGGAGAGGCAUUGUGCCGUGCUUGAUCAGGGCCGUGCCGUGCAGUGCAGGCACGUUUGCCAGCGUGGAGUUGGCCCUUAGGGUAAUGGGGUAG